UAAAGAUGGUGGUGUAGAAGCGUCAUUAUUAUGGUCAUUAUAUUGUUAUAAGGUGUUAGAAGUUAAAUAAUUUUAGUUAAAUUAAGAAAAUAUAAACAAUUUUUACAUAGUUUUAUACUUAAUCAAUGGGCGCAGCUGUCGAUCCUAACAAGCAAGUAAAGAAAAGGAAUAAGCGAGGGAACAAGUUUUUCCAGGUUAGGAAAGAAGCGAAUGCUCGAGUGUUUGGUAAUAAAUUUCGAGCAUCAUUUCCACCGAACGAAAUGAGACCUAGAGGUCCACCUCCAGGGCAUAUGCCUCCUCCAGGAAUGAGACCAAUGGGCCCAGUUCCUCCAGGUAUGAGACCACCACCUCCUUUUCGAGGAGGCAGAAUGCCUCCUCCACCACCGAAUAGAAUGAUGGGACCUGGCCCAGGUCCAAGAGUUCCUCUUCCAGGUAUGAGGCCACCUCCUCCAAUGGGUAUGAGACCUCAUAUGCCACCUCCUGGCAUGAGGCCACCACCGAUUGGAAUGAGACCACCAAUGCCUCCUCCGCGUGGCAUAGGGCCACGAGGCCCCGGCCCACGUGGUUUGAGGCCUCUCAUGUCUCAUAAACUUAGACCUAACAUACUAAAAGGCAAAGUAAUUAAAAAACGACCAUCACUGAAGGAUGUAGAUUUAACAAAGCCGUGGGUGACAGAGGAGAUUAAAGCAGAGUUUGCAAAGAAAGAUGAACUUCUAAAAAAGGCGAAAAACACACAAACACCUCCUGACUGGGCGUCGUACCGAGAGCUACGCGAGAAGUGCAGUAAUAUAUAUGCAAAGGCGAAAAAGGAAUAUUUGGAGGUGUCCGGUUCAUUGAAUUCUGAAAAUCAUGUUUUUGAAGAUGAUAACAGCGACGAUAAUGAUGAUGAUUAUGUUGAUGAUGAUAAGGACGAAGCAGAAGGAAUGCAAUAUGAGAACUAUUGUGAAGAACACAGCAGUAGUUACACAAAUGAAAGUGGAUAUAUUACUGAUAGUUCCAAUUAUUAUUGCGGAUUUGUGGAAGGUGUUACCGAAAGAAAUGAAAAUGGAAACAACUUUCACGAUUAUUGGAAUUACCAAGAUUGUCCAGACGGAUGGUAUGGUGUUGAAGCGAGUCCCACUUUUUACUGCGAUACAUGUGAUAAAUCUUUUAAUUCUAAUGAGGGAUUCGAUAAACACAUGUCCGAGCACAGAACUUGCGACAUAGAUGGCUGCAAAUUCACCGCGCACGAAAAAAUUAUUGAUAAACACGUUAAGAUGCAGCACGCCAGUGGACUUUUUACGAAAAUUGGUAAUUUAGAAGGUCCGGAAGACAUCGCCAAAUGGAUUGCUGAAAGGAAACAAAAGUAUCCGAGUAAAGAGAACGUUGAGAAAAGGUACGAACAACAGAUGGCAAUGUUGAAGAGAGGCGAGAGACUAUGGAAAAAGAACCGAUUCGAUAAAACUAACAAAACUAGGUUUACACUUAAGAGUAAACAACUUCCAACUACAAACAGAAAAACUGUAAAAAGGAAAAGUGUUCGUUAUCAAAAACCAAAAUCCACAAAAUCUUUACUUGAUGAUAAGUCAGACUGGAAUGGUGCAAUGUUUCCAUUUCGGGGAACCAAAAGCCUCUUUGAUGAACCCCCUGAGAAGGAUAGCGAGGUGUUUGAUGAUAAUGAAUGGAAGGAGCAUGCAGAAAAUGAUCAAAAGAGCAACAAAAUUGUCUUUAAUAACGCUUUAGGGGCACUUAUAGGAGCCUAUGGUUCUUCAGAUGAAUCAGAAUCGAACGAAACAAUUUCAAAACCAGAAAAUAAAGAAAAGGAAAUUGUAAAAACAUUUGAUAAAAAUAAAGUAGAUACUAAUGUUGAAACAAUAAGUGACGACGAGGGUCCAAUUGAAGAAAAAAUAAUUCGCGAACAUCCGCCAGUAGAAGAAAACGUAACGAAAUCUGUUGAAUGCUCAUUGAAAGAUGAAAAAAGGAGUAGAAAAAGGAAGAGAACAAGAAAAAAGAACGUUUUACCUCAAAAGAAAAUCGCCAAGAGAAAAGAAACUGGAUCAGAACCAACUUCAUCCAACUUAAAUAAAGUGACCAGUGCAGUUUAUAAAAAAAGAAGAGUGACACUUUUAGAAAGGAUAGUUCCAAUUANACUUUUAGCAAAAGAAAUACGACACGAGAGAAAUAUUAUUUUACAGAGCGUCAGAUAUGUUGUUGAAAAUAACUUUUUCGAUUAAAUUGUUCCUCAAUUAUUGACUAUAAAUUGUAAUUGAAUUAUUUUAACAGUAAAUAAUUUUUGUUAAUUCAA